UCUCUUGAAAUGCAGAAUAUUUUGUUUAGUGGUAAUUUUAACUGUAUCUCAAGCUCAGGAAGACAAGGAGUCAAUGGAUUGCGAAAAGAACUCUGAUUGUUUGACUGAUCGAGGCUACUGCCAUCCCAAAACCAAGAUGUGUUUGUGUAAAAACGGUAGGACAACCUACCCUGUCUGUAAUAUAAACAAGGGAAGUGCCAGGGAUUGUCAACCAAAUUGUUCGGAGGAAGAGUACUGUGAUCUAAGUGAUAAAAAAUGCAUGUGUAACCUGGGAGGUUUCCCUCCGGACUGUAAUGUGAAGAAAUGUGAACCAUUUGAAGUGGAACUCAAUGGAGAAUGUACAUGCAUGUAUGGAAGAAAUAGUGAUGGUGAAUGUAGUAAAUGUAGAGAUGUUUGUGGUAGAAAUGGGGCCUGUACAAAGAAAGGUCGCAAUGCCUACAGAUGUACAUGCAGUUUUGGAGGAGAGUUUCCUGAAUGUGAUCCUAAAAAAAGUAAUGAGGAUAAUUUGAGCCCCUGGGGGCCCUGGUCAAGGUGCUCUAGAUCCUGUGGAAGAAACAGCAGAAGAUUCAGGAGAAGAACCUGCACCCGACGAGGAUCAUGUUCAGGGGAUCCUAAUGAUCAAGAAGAAGAAGAAGAUUGUAUUUUUAACCGCUGUCCCUCCUGGUCUAGGUGGUCUAAGUGUUCAGUAACCUGCGGUGGAGGAAUGAAACUGCGAACACGAGUAUGCCGUGGUCUAGAGGAUUGUGAUGAUGAGGAAAUUGAUCAACGACCUUGCAAAAGAAGAGUGUGUAGAACCCCUGUGAACUGCAACUGGUGUCCAUGGACUAAUGGAAAUGGUAUACAUCCAACUAGAGUAAGAAUACCAAACUGUCCUGCACAAUCCAAUGGUGGAGCUCCUUGUCGCGGGAAAGCCCAACAAAUCCCUUUUGAUCGAUGUGAUCCUAGGAAUACAAUCCAUGAUCUGGGAACUAUCUAUUCACUGGACUAUCAUAGAGGUCCAGAUUGGUAUAAAAAUAGAUUUGAUGUGACUUGUCCUGGGGGAUGUUUUGAAAUGAUCAAGGCUGUUCAUGAUUGCCAUCCUCGCGAGCCUACUCCUGAUGAGAUGAGACGAGUAACUCAACUCUGUAAUGGAAAAGAAAGAUGUCUGUUUGUCCCGGGCGAAGCAUUUUUUGAAAAAAGCAAUCCUCAUUGUUAUUUUGUGGCGUGGCCCGUGGUAUGGUUGCAGUGGAGAUGUAAUGGAAAUGGAAAUAGAAUGAUAGCAAACAAUAAUUGGAUAUAGGUUUAUCUGAAGUCAGAACUAUCUCGGGAUCAACCAUUUAUCGACAAAUUAAAAAGUUCCCCUACUUGGAUAUCGAGAUCAUCCAAUUAAAUUCCGAUAUCUGAUUAUUUAGAAUUGUAUAAAAUUUUAAAGUUGACUUUUUAAAUUAAAAUAUGUUGAAUUGUAAACUGAAGAACAUCGAUCUUUUACUAAUAAAAAUAAGAUUAAGCAUC